AAAUCCCAACGCACUUGGAACUGAAACGAAUAGGGUUACUUGUUCGGUAAUUUUCACACAUCUUCUAUUCUUCUUGCUUGCAUUACAAACUCCGAUCUAAAACAAAGGCUCUCCUCUUUUAAUUUACUCAAAAUGCAAGGAGGUCCAGAGGAGCUGUCAUUCAAUAGAUCAACAGGCACCUUUGGGGUCAUCACAAAUAAUCGGACCAUAUCGCUAGGCUUGUUCGAUCCCUAUAAACAACAAGCACUUGACUUCAACAAUUUGGUACAGAAUCACCAGAAGACAAUAGAAUUGCAGAAUCAAUACAAGGCUCUAGAAGAGAGAGCCGUGUUUUGUCUGAAAGCGAAAGACAAAGCCCUCGAAGACAUGACGAGAAGGUCUGGUGAAAUGGAGGCUAAACUGAAGAAAGCUUUAGCAGAAGCCGAGUUUUGGAAGAAGUCGUUGGAGCAGAACAGGGCUGUGUGUAGCGAUCUCGCCGGGAGGCUGUUGGAAAUAAAGAGAAAAGAGACCAAGACGAAAGUGUUGGCGGGGAGGAAAUUUGCAGAAGAGGCUGAGUCGUCUACUGGUGAAAAUAGUGACGAUGUUUUAGACACGGCAAGGACCCGUAGGUGUAAACGACGCCGUCUCUGAAAUAGGGUGGGGUUUAGUAGAGUUUGUGACUUGUGAGGCACGUGUGUAUUUGUCUUUGCACACGUUUAUUGGGGGGGUGCUAUAUUUCAUUGUUUCCCACUUCUCUAGGCAUUGUUGGUGUUCUCCAAAGAUUGUAGGGGGAGAGGGAAAACUUUUAAGAUGCACUCAAAAGUUUUUAAGCAAUUAUUGCUUCAAUACGUCA